AGGUCGUUAAAUAUUCUUAUGAUAUAGAUGUGUGUUGUAUAUCGGAUCAGUCCUGAGUCAUACGGGCAAGCAUGAAGGUGACAGUGUUCUUAGCGCUUGUUGGGAUUUUUCUCGCUGUUUUCUACCAAGUCGAUGGUGGCGGGGGAGAAGCGACGGAGAUGACAGAUCAGGACGUUGAAGAUGAGGUCAGGAGUAGACCAGUUAAAGAAGAGGACAAGCAAGUGGAUACUAAACAGAAGCGCAGCCCUUGGUUCUUUCGUCGACCUAAACCAACAACGCAGCCGCCACCACCGAAAGCACCAAAGCCAGGUGAAACGUUCAUCGAAGAAAUGAUUGAUGGGAUCGAGGCAGCAGGGAAAAACAUCAAGCUGGGGCGCUAGGACACACGACAUUUUAAGGUCGCUGGAGGACAAACCCAGACAUAACAAUCAGAGUAUAGAACCACUUACAUUAAAUACUAGUAAUCGAAUCUGUCAACUUUUCUUAUUUAGGAUUCCUUUAGGCUCUGAAGAGGCCAGAAAAUAAAAUAUAAAAAUCUUGCAGGCUCGACUACAAGUAUUUGUUGAACAACUUAAACAGCUGUGUUUAUGGGGUCAAUAGUAGAUGUACUUAAUAAACAGCGUAGAAACACA